AUGCAGAUCCCGACCUUCUUUCUGCGCACCAACACGCGACUCCUGAUCUUCCAGGCUCUCGUCGCGUGGAUUUGCAUCCGCUGUCACAAUCUGCCGAUACCCUCUACCGUAGGAUUUGUUCUCACUUCAACCCUGGGUCAAUACGUCAGUACCGCCAAGGCCAUCCUCGACAGCAGAUACGGCUUCGUCCUGCCCUGGGAAGCAACCUUCUUCCUCCCAGCAGCUCUGGAUGCAUACAUCAUAGACAGCAUGCCUGAACUGGCCAUUUUACUCGGAACCCCGCCUUGCGACGAGAGGGUUGCGAAAAGGGAUCCAGUGACCAGUAUGUGCAUCCAAGAUAUUGCAUAUCAGUGUUAUUACUAUGCAGAUGUGUACGCCCACAAGACGAAGAGCAAGAAAAGCUUGCAAGUCAUGGAAGCUUGCUGGGAGAAUUAUCACACGGAUGUCAGAGCCGCGAGGAAGCAUCAUGACCUGGGUCAUAAGCAUGAGCCAGCAACCCUCAUGCAGCUGAUCGGAUGCGUGCAGGUGGUCGAAUAUUGGGAGAAGAAGAGUGAGAAAUGCGGAAGAAUCCAGCCUAUCAGGCAUUGUAUUGCGUCUUUAGGAGCCUGGGAAUUUGUCGCAGACCUCCGGGAGAGAAACCCGCAUCUAGUCAAGGAGCCAAAGGCAGGAAAAGAGACGACCAUCGAAGGAGGCGAAGGAACGACAAAGGGACCGCAAGUCGAAGCAGCGACAUCAUAA